GGACCAGGUUCCCAGCUGUAUCCAUCCCAGAUUCAUCGCACCAUGGGCAGCCUCAGGCCCAGUCUCUGGUACCUGUUCUUGGUCCAUAUAUGUCUGCUACAUUUUCAGCCUGUUUGGGUGCAGAGAGUUGAUCCUGUGUCCCUGAAACUACGUCAGCUCACUGAACAGUUCCAACAGUUCCAGGCACUGACCCAGUCCCGUUUGGACAUGUUGGCCUUCAACCAGGACAGAGGAAACUCCUCAGUGAGGCUGGGGACCAAUGUUCGGGACUUGAAUGACCGCUUGUUGCAGACAUCACAGGACCUUAAAGACUUCAAGCAGCGCACAAAACAGGAAUUAGGGGGUCUCAGAGAGUGGAGCAGGAAAUUGGAGAGGAAAAGUAAGCGGAUGGAGGGUCGUCUUGCUUUAAUGGAAAGGAACCUGCGCGAGAGCCGCCGCUUAGUUCACAAACAGAAGACUGAUCCUGGUCAGGACUUCUCAAACCUCACCCUGGAGUUCCAGAGCCAAGGAAGGAGGCUGGCUGCUUUUCAGGCCCAGCAGGACAAGCUGCUGGUAGGGCUUAAAGGGUUGCAGGAAUCCCUGAAAAAUCAGGCACUACGUAUGACUCGGCUGGAAGGUGGGCUUAUUGAAGCCUUGCAGGUUAAUGGUGGGUACUAUGAACCAAGCAGAAGGAGCCAGACUCAUAGAGGAGGGAGGAUCCUGGAUGGACAAACACAGUCAAGACAUGAUGGUAUCAGCUACUCCCUGGAUGAUAACCAACCACAGACCAGGGCUAAGAACAGAAACCUUCAACAGGCCGGUCAAUACCAGGGAACACCAAACCAACCUGAACAUCUAAAGGCCCAAAAGUCAAGAUCUCAGCCAGAAUCCCAGCCACAAAAACAGAUUCCAUAUCCGCAAAGAUAUGGAAUCAAGCCUUACCCUACCCAGAAGGAGCAUCUUACUUUAAGACAGACCAUGCCUAAUUCUCCUGCCCAGAUUCAUCCCCCAAAUCAGCAACGAUCCCAGCCUCAGCAUAAUCAUCAUGGAUAUCCUUUUAGGUCUGAAACUCAUCUUAAACCCACCAAUGAGAGACAGAGCAGAACCAGACCUGGAGCUAAACAGUCGCAGUCUGCAGAGGUCCUCUCUCAGCCUCGGUCUGAGUCUUACCAGCCCAUCUUGAGAGGCUGGUAUGGAGGAGAAGAGGCAGAAAAUCACACAAAAGCAGAGUCUUCAGCGAUUCACAGCUUGCUUCAGCUUCCUGUCAGGCAAAAGAUCCCUGCACAACCAGUCCCAAAAAAGGAUGCAACUAUCUGUAACGUCGACUCCAUGCUGUUCUUCCCCACGGCCUCAGUAGAGAACUACGUCACCUUCUCUCAGACUCUUCCUGACCUUCAUGAACUGUCUGCUUGUUUAUGGCUCCGUGUGGAGGCCCAGCAUGUUGGUACGCUGCUCUCUUAUGCCACAGAGGACAACGACAACCAGUUAGUCCUAUAUGGGCGCAAUUCCUCCUCCUCCUCUUCAUCUACAUCUUUUUUCCCCUCAUCUUUCUAUCAGUCCUCUUCCUCUUACUCCCUGGACUUUGUCAUCGGAGACCCUGUCCAUCGCAGUCUCCCAGUGCGGUCGCUGCUUGACGCUCACUGGCACCACUUCUGCAUCAUUUGGUCCUCCAUCCAGGGUCGUUUCUGGCAUUACACUGACCGGCGUCUCACCUCCUCAGGAUCCAACUUCAGGAAGGGCUGGGAGGUUCCCGGUGGAGGAUCAGUGGUGCUGGGGCAGGAGCAGGACACUGUUGGUGGAGAGUUUGACCCUGCAGAGGGUUUUGCCGGGCAGGUGGCUGGGUUCAGGGUGUGGAACCGGGUGUUAAGUCCUGCAGAGGUGGAGGGUGUAGCAGAGGGCAGAGGUGUGCCCAGAGGAGUGGUGCUUGGCAUGGAAGACAUAAAGGAGUUACAUGGGGAGGUGCAGCAGGUGUCAUGUGAAUGUUUGGAACAUUGUGUGUAAAGAAACUUUAAAUGAAGGUAUUUGUACAUAAUAUGACUGCAAGAAAA